CUCUUGGGAUUUCAGAACUCUCAGAUAAUCAAUGAGUUUCUCUUUGUUCUGUUUCUCUGGGUCUAUAUUGUGACAUUAUUUGGAAAUCUUCUUAUAAUUAUAUUGGUAAUAACAGUCUCAGCCCUGAGAUCUCCCAUGUACGCCCUUCUCUCCCAGCUGUCUCUGGCUGAUGUUUUGCUCAGUACCAGUAUUACUCCAAAUUUCUUGUGGUUAUUACUGAAUGGAGGGGGCACAAUAUCUGCUACUGGUUGUAUCACUCAGUUUUACUUUUAUGGUUUAUCAGCAGGUAUAGAAUGUUUUACCCUCACAAUCAUGUCCUAUGACCGAUAUCUGGCCAUCUGCUCCCCACUUCAUUAUGCCUCCAUUAUGGGUUUCAGGCUUUGCCUCUAUAUGAGUCUUUGUUCUUGGGGCUUAGGUUUUAUAGUAAGCUCGGUUUUAAAUCUUCUCAUAUAUCGUUUGCAGUUCUGCGGCCCAUUUGUUAUAGAUCAUUAUUUUUGUGACCUUGCCCCACUUCUUGAACUUUCCUGCUCAGACUAUAAAGCUGUGGAACUAACAGAUAUGAUUCUGGGCAUACCUGUUGUGCUGUUCCCUUUUUGCUUGAUAAUUUACACUUAUGUUGCCAUUGGCCUUGCCAUUCUCAGGAUCUCCUCUACUGAAGGAAGACACAAAGCCUUCUCCACUUGCAGCUCCCAUUUAAUAGUUGUGUGCAUGUACUAUGGGACUCUUAUAGCAGUUUAUAUGGCACCAUCGAAAGGACAAAGAUUUAACAUGAAUAAGAUACUGUCACUUUUAUAUACAGUGGGGACACCAUUUUUAAAUCCAAUCAUAUAUAGUCUGAGAAACAAAGAGAUAAAAGUUAAUCUAGUUAAAUGUAUGUUGAAUCGAGUCAUUUUAUGACUAUGGAAAUGUGAGUAUGGAGAGUAAAGAAGACAUAUAAGGUAAGGGGAAAUCCCCCUAAUCCUGUAGGCAAUAAUUCUUAAUAUAUGGUGCUGGUUUCACUCUGGACUAAAAUGAUCAAUAUCUGUUUCCAUCAAUAGGAA